AAACCCCGAAGCCUGUGGAAGAUAUCUAGAGAAGGUGGUCAUUCAUAAAUCCUGAGAGAGCCCUGUUAAAAUCCAACAAUUACUGUACGCUGCACUGGGGCCAUAGCUUAUUUUCGGCCGUUUUUGUUUUGUUUUGUUUUUUUGCUUAAAUUCAAGAUACUUCAUGAGACUCUUAACUGUAGAUCGGAAAAUAGUGAAAAAACACGAAAUAAGUAAAAUUAUUGUAUAGCAAAAACUAAAAUAUUAGAUAUGUUGUCGGAAUAAUGCCAUUAAAGCGUCAUUAUCAUCACCAUUUUCAGCUGUGACUUGGACUUUAUAAGUGAUAUUUCUAAUCGCCUUGGACAUCUUUCACGAUUAUACUAUUGGAAUGAAAAUUGGUUGGUUAGUGUCAGUGACAAAUAAAACGUCUAAUCACGUUUGCAAUGCAUCAGAUGGAGAACAACAUGAAGAAGCAGCGCUCGGAAGCUGAUCUUGCGCUUACAAAUUCUCUGGCCAAACAAGAUUACAAAAUAAUAAAGAAAAUCGGAGAAGGCACGUUUUCCGAAGUGACGAGGGUGCAAAACCUCAAGGACGGGAAACAUUAUGCCUGUAAAACAAUGAAGCAGAGCAUUAACAGCCUGCAACAGGCACACAACCUCCGUGAGGUCCAAGCAAUGAAGAGACUGAGUUUACAUCCUAAUAUACUCCAGCUUCAUGAAGUAAUAUUUGACGAAGACACAAGGACCUUGUCUUUGAUAUGUGAACUUAUGGAGAUGAAUAUAUAUGAGUUGAUUAGAGGGAGACAGUAUCCUUUACCUGAAAGCAAAGCCAAAAACUACAUGUAUCAGCUUUGUAAAGCUCUGGAUCAUAUGCACAGCAAUGGAAUUUUCCACAGAGAUGUGAAACCAGAGAAUAUUUUAAUUAAACAUGAUGUCCUGAAACUGGCAGACUUUGGCUCCUCUAGGAGUGUGUAUUGCAAGCCUCCUCACACAGAAUACAUCUCUACACGGUGGUACAGAGCUCCAGAGUGUCUGCUUACUGAUGGCUACUACUCACUCAAAAUGGACAUGUGGAGUGCAGGCUGUGUAUUCUUUGAAAUUAUCAGCUUGAAUCCUCUGUUUCCAGGCACUAAUGAGGUGGAUCAGGUGUCCAAAAUUCAUGAUGUUUUAGGCACACCAGACAGUACGGUUCUCCAAAAGUUCAAACAGUCUCGAGUGAUGCCUUUCGAUUUCUUGCCUCGGAAAGGCUGUGGGCUUUCUAAGAUGCUCCCUCACUGCUCAGCUUCUAGCCUCUCUUUGCUCUAUCAGAUGUUGGCUUAUGAUCCUGAUGAACGCAUAAGUCCACGUGCAGCACUGCAGCACACUUGUUUCAGAGAGCUACGACUGGCAGAAAGGAGAGCUCUAGGGCAUCACAGGACUAUUGGAGUUGUAGAAGAUAGCAGCAGCAUGACUCCGGGAUCAGUAGAGCAAUUUUGGCGCAAUACUCGACAGGGAAGACGCCAGCGGCUAAAGCAUGUAGCCGAACCACUCAGCAGACAUAUUUUGCCUCGAUAUCCUGUGGAGCUCCCAAAGCUGAAUGUGGUAGUGCCCACUCCUAAAGUGCCCUACCCUGUGUCUAGUCUGCCUGCCUUGGCCAUUCCACACAAAGGGUUGCUGCCAGCCAUCACCUCCAAAAAGUGCCAUUCUCGCUCAAUGAAGCCCAGGGAAGAGCCACACCGCUCAACUUUAAAGAGCUACUACAUGCCUCCAUUGGAGAGAAAAGGUGGAGGCUACUGAAGUCCAGCCCACGAAUCUACAGCUGUGCAAAUAAACAAUGUUAUUAAAAAAAAAUGUAAAAACGUAUGAGCGUUAAACUGUAGAAGUAAAAAAUGCCAUUCUCUUGAGAGACACAUUCUAUCAAGUAACUCCAAUGCCAUAUGGCAACAACUUUCAAACUGAAGCACAUGUUUGUAUUACUCUAAAGUACAUAAGGGCAUACAAGUUGCACCAAGUACAAACUAGGGCUUUUCGCAGAGUUAUCUCUACUUUUGCCUUUUGCACAGUGUGAAACAAUGUGAUGUGAUGUCUUAGCAACAGACACUUAAUUAGAAAUUGAACAGCACAUGACUCCUAUCACGUGAAAACUAGAAUGUAGCAACACAAGUGACUAAACAGAUAUGUUAAACUAGAUUUCAGUAAAUGCCUGGUGAACUAUGUGACAAACGAACAGGCCAAAAAAGAUUCGAAAGCUAUGAAAGAUAAUACUUGCUUGGGCACAGAAUGGUAGACCUGGUCUUUUUUCUUCACUGAUGCAAAAGUGUGAAACAAGCCAUGAUGUAAAUUGGUCACACAGUGUAUUUAUUCAAUCAUGCUUGUUGACACUGCAAACCUGCAAAUAAGAAUGUUAACCCAGGCUUUAGUUGGAGUCUGUACACCUGGCUUUGUAAGCCCUAGGUUGUGUCUAAUUUAUUCUCCAUUCACCACAAAGUGCAUUUGGGCCUAUUUUCUAGAGCUGACCUAAUUGUCAGUGGGCAACUUGUAUUCACUGGAUAGUUCACUAUAAAUAGACCUACAUAGUAUUGUGUGUACUAUGUACACUAAAAUAAUAUAGUAAUAUAAGGGAGAGCAGGGCACAACCUAACACUUUGUUUUCUCUAGUUUGUGGAAAAACCUUUCUUCAAUCACAUUAUUCUUUUACAUAUGUGAUCUUGUCUUAGGAAUGAAACAUGCUUUUUUCCAUUAUUUAGCUAUAAUGAAAAAAUGUUAGAACUUGUAACGCUUGAGGGGUACAUUAUAGCAUGAACACAUGACAGCUUAAAAUCUUCUAUAACAAUUUAAUCUGGUUUAAUUAAAAACAUACAAUAUGUCAGUAAGAACAUUUAUCAACUUAAAUUAUAUAUAACUUAAAUAAAUUGUUUAAUAAUCUGUCUGUGUAGGCCAUCUAUGAAUUAGAUUAGGCAUACAUGAUCUUUUCACCGUUUACCCACCACCUUUGGACACAAGCCAUAGCAGAUGCUGUCUGAUCUGCUCUGAAAAACUUAUGACUGGGGUAACCCUCAGAGUAUAUCCAUCACUCCUGCCUCCUCAUUUUUUUU